AUGUCCGGAAUCCAAACUCUUCCGAUGAAAUCUUCAUUUCAGUUUUCUACAGAGUGUUACUUAUCAAACAAAUCCCCUAAUCACAACAAGUCCCAGAGUUCAAUGUCUUUUCCACUUAGAAACUCUUUAAAGAAAUUCACAAUUAUAUCUUCUUUUUACUCGGAAACUCUACCAAGAACCAACAGAAGAUCAUCACCGGCGGCAUCCAGUCUGUAUGAGAUUCUUAGAGUGAAAGAAAACGCGUCAGCAGUUGAAAUUAAGACAGCUUACCGAAACUUAGCAAAGAAAGUUCAUCCAGAUGUAGCCACUUCUGAAUCGGACAGCCGUGAUUUCAUGGAAAUUCACAAAGCUUAUACGACUUUAUCUGAUCCUACGGCCAGAGCUAAUUAUGAUCUCUCUAUUGCACGUAGCUCCGUUCGAUAUGGCUACGGUAUCGGAAUGACAAACCAAUCUACACCAUCCGAUUUUAUGGUUGUGGGCCAGAUGAGAAGGUGGGAAACAGAUCAAUGCUGGUAG